UUUAAGGUGGUCACUAAAUUGGGCUGCGCUAAGAACAUUGAUGAGAAGGUGGUGUGGCGUGCGCUGAAGUCAGAUCUGUGUUUAAGUCCUGACUCUGGCGCUCUGUGACUAUGGCAACUCUUACCUACGAUACUCUCAGAUUUGCUGAAUUUGAAGAUUUCCCUGAGACUACAGAACCAGUCUGGAUAUUGGGUAGAAAAUAUACCAUCUUCACAGAAAAAGAAGAGAUCCUUUCAGAUGUGACUUCUCGGCUUUGGUUCACAUAUAGGAAAAAUUUUCCAGCCAUUGGAGGGACAGGCCCAACAUCAGAUACUGGCUGGGGCUGCAUGUUGCGGUGUGGGCAGAUGAUCUUUGCUCAAGCCCUAGUCUGCAGACACUUAGGCAGAGAUUGGAGAUGGAAGCAAGGGAGGAGGCAGACAGACAACUACUUCAACGUCCUCAACGCCUUCAUUGACAAAAAGGAUAGCUAUUACUCUAUCCACCAAAUAGCUCAAAUGGGAGUUGGAGAGGGCAAAUCUAUAGGCCAGUGGUACGGACCAAACACAGUUGCACAAGUACUCAAGAAACUUGCUGUUUUUGACACGUGGAGUUCACUGGCUGUCCACAUAGCAAUGGACAACACUGUGGUGAUGGAGGAGAUAAAGAGGCUGUGCAAGGCCGGUUUCCCGUGUGCAGAUGGUGCCGCCUUUCCUGCAGACUCGGAGCCGCUCUCCAAUGGGUACCCCCCUGCAGCCGAGGUCACGGACAGGGCAUCACCAUGGAGACCACUAGUGCUGCUGAUCCCUCUCCGCCUCGGACUCACGGACAUCAAUGAAGCUUACACUGAGACCCUAAAGCACUGUUUUAUGAUGCCCCAGUCCCUGGGAGUAAUUGGAGGGAAGCCCAACAGUGCUCACUACUUCAUUGGAUAUGUAGGGGAGGAGCUGAUCUACCUGGACCCACAUACAACCCAGCCUGCCGUGGAGUCGACCGAAGGUGGCGUUUUCCCCGAUGAGACCUUCCACUGCCAGCACCCUCCGUGCCGCAUGAACAUCGGGGAGCUCGACCCCUCCAUCGCAGUGGGUUUUUUCUGCAAAACUGAGGAAGACUUCAAUGACUGGUGCCAACAAGUCAAAAAGUUAUCUCGAAUCCCAGGAGCCCUGCCGAUGUUUGAGCUGGUUGAGCGGCAGCCUUCCCACUUCUCGUGCCCAGAUGUGCUGAAUCUUUCACUAGAUUCUUCCGACGUGGAGAGACUGGAAAGGUUCUUUGACUCUGAAGACGAAGACUUUGAAAUUUUGUCCCUUUGAAAAGGCUAGGCGGCGGACUCGCCUGAUCUGUGUUGCGUGGGGGGUGGGGGGUGGGGAGGGAAGCCCCUCUGAGAGCCCGGCUCCGCGGUUUUCACAGGCGCUUGAUGACAUCCCAGUGUUUCAUCCAUCCCGGCGCGCACGGCCUCCGAGCAGAGGGGGCACUGCCUGCAUUCGGUCCUUGGAUCAAGAAUGUUUUCAUGGAAGCCUUAAUGCUUGGAGUCAGGAUCCUCAGCACAAAACACUUUUUCAGGAAAUGGAGACGGUGUCGCCUCAGUGUCGAAAGGUCCCGCGUGAGCAGCGGAGCCAGGACUGGCGUGCUUCACACCGGGAGGCCAGGCCCUCCACCUCCUAACCCUCUAGGCUUUGGUUUGCUUUGGACACUGGUUCUUUUUAGUUACGCAGCGGGAGCAAAGUGGGCUGGACAUCCUCAGGUCCAAGUGGGGGAAGCUGAGCCGAGCCUGUGGUACGGGAAUGGCCUGGACCCUCCCACCCAGUUCACCUCCUUCUCCACAGGGGGUGCUGCUCGUGCUCCAUAUGCAGUGCUUUCUUGCAGACACGUGAUUGUCUUUCUUUGUCUUCUUUCAGUUCUCUGCUACUCCUUCAUUAUUUUUAAGGGCUACCCUCGGGGGCUGGGAAUUGGACUGACUGGAUUUUACCAUGACAAGGUUUCUCAUUUAAAAAAAAAAAAAAAAGUAAAAUUGGUUCUUUAAGACCACUACACACACACAUUUUCUUUCUCUCUCUCUCUCUCUCUUUCUCCGCCUCCCCCUUUCCCCUUCCUUCCCUCCUUCUCUGCUUCUCUCUCUCUUACACACACACACACACACACACACACACACACACACACUUUCCAGAAAAAAUUCUCCAUAGUUAUAGACAGUGUAUUUAAACCAAGAGAAAGCAAAAAAAAAAGAAGGAUUUUGCCCCUGGUAUGGUGAACAUGCCCCGAGGUCAUAUAUAUAUUUAACGGGUAAAUUUUCUGAGUGGUUGAUGGUGUUAUAGGAAGUGUUCAGUGUAUAAAAACUCAAGGACUGCCCAUCUCUUCAGUAAUACUGCAUCAUCACAAAUCUAGGACAGUACAACAGGUUGUUUUUCUAAGAGGGGGAAGAGAUUAAGAAAGAAUAUUUCUCCCAAUGAACCAAGAAUCAAACACUGGCCUUUGACAGGCAAGAACAUUAGCAAAAAGUCUUUGAAGUUGUGUCCUACCUUGGGCCCGGUCUCUGCCAUUAGCGGUGUGAAAAGCCAUGAAGGAGAAGAGAUGGGCUUGAGAGUAAUGCGUUGGGUGAUUUGACUUCUAGUAACGGCCCACAAACAGGAUUUCCUCCGUGGUUUCCGCGCUUGGUGCAGCAUUAGCUGUGACGGCCCUGGCUUUAUGCUAGCUUCAGCUGGAGCAUUGGGAGGUUGGCUGUCCGGUGCAGGGAUGGUCUUAGAAACCAACGGCAGGUCACCGUUGUGAUGAUCCACUUAGGCCGGCCUGGGAUGUUCUCUGGGCCCUCAAAAACCGCCUGCUUGGUUUUCUUUGGCUGUUGGGUUCUAUCAUUGUACCCUAAUCUGCACUGCUAGACCAAUUCAAAUCAUUUUAGUCCUUAGCUGACUGGCUCUUCAGCCCCAUUCAAGUAUAAAGCUGCCAUUUUUCCUGCAAGUGUUGUCAGUUCUUUAGGAAACAUUUAAAGGGAGAGGGAUUUUUGUGGACCAUCUGUUAAUCAUGCAUCUAAGGAAUAUGGGUGAAGAAAUGGCCCUUCUCCGACAAAGAACAUUUCCUAUACUUCGUUCCUAGGAAAGAGAAAUUGGUAUUUGCCAAAAUACUAAGGGCCAGCGUUGGCCACUUUUUUGACUCCCGCUUCUGUCCUGGCAAGUAAAGGAGAGUAAACUGUUAGGAAGGAAACACUUGAAUAUUCAGUUCUGUAAUGGCAAGUGAAAUGGAUUCGGUGGUUUGACUCCAGUGCUGUGUGUCAUGCCGAAGAGCUUCCAAGGCACCCUGCUGAAGUCGAGAAGAAGCAACUACUCCAUUUCCUUUUCCUUUUCUUAUCCAUUCCUUGUCUUUCACAUAUAUUUGGGGGUGGUUAAGGAGAGUGGGGAUAAUUCUCCAUUUAGUGCUUUAUGUUUUUAUCUGAAUAAAUAACUGACAAGCUUCUUAAAA